CCUUUACAAAUCAUCGCGAGAUCGUUUAAGUGAUAUUCGAGACUAGAGACGGAUAUCCGGUCUCUUUCCCUGGCGGACUGUCGUUGGGUCGGUUUGGCAAUAUGAAGCUGAACAUCUCAUUUCCCGCUACUGGUUGCCAGAAGUUAAUUGAAGUUGAUGAUGAGCGAAAGCUGCGGACAUUCUAUGAAAAGCGUAUGGCCACUGAAGUGUCUGCUGACCCUCUCGGAGAUGAAUGGAAGGGUUAUGUGGUUCGCAUCAGCGGAGGCAACGACAAGCAGGGCUUCCCCAUGAAGCAAGGUGUGCUUACUCAUGGCCGUGUGCGUCUGCUCCUCAGCAAGGGUCACUCCUGUUACCGCCCCCGCAGGACUGGCGAGCGCAAGCGCAAGUCUGUCCGUGGUUGCAUUGUCGAUGCCAACCUCAGCGUUCUCAACUUGGUCAUCGUCAGGAAAGGUGAGAAGGACAUUCCCGGACUGACUGACAGCACUGUCCCACGCCGCCUUGGUCCCAAGAGGGCCAGCAAAAUUCGCAAGCUCUUCAACUUGGCUAAGGAGGAUGAUGUGAGGCAGUAUGUUGUGAGGAGACCCCUGACUAAAGAAGGGAAGAAGCCUAGAACUAAGGCUCCCAAGAUCCAGAGACUGGUGACGCCUCGUGUGCUGCAGCACAAGCGCCGUCGUAUUGCCCUCAAGAAACAGCGCACCCAGAAGAACAAGGAGGAGGCCUCUGAGUACGCCAAGCUGCUGGCCAAGAGGAUGAAGGAAGCUAAGGAGAAGCGCCAGGAACAGAUCGCCAAGAGGCGCCGUCUUUCUUCUCUGAGGGCAUCCACAUCAAAGUCGGAGUCUAGCCAGAAGUGAAAUUCACAACUGAAAUAAAAUUAAAUGAACAUAA